CUCUGGUUUCCUCAUCUUCUCUUCCAAAUUCGUUGGCCCCAAAAACCAAAACUUUUCUUCUUCUUCUUCUUCUUCUUCUUCUUCUUCCAUGGCCAGCUCCACCUUCCUCCUCUCUUCUCUCACUUUCUCACACAACAAAAAACCACUUCUUCAUUAUUCCUUCCUUCAUUCCUCCACAAAAAAUCUAAACUUGCUGCUUCCAAAGGGAUUCAUCAGAAAAACCAAUGAACUCAGAACCCUCACAGUGGCCAAAUCCAACGGUAGUGAUUCAGCAGAUGCUCCUGACCGUUUGAUCUCUGCACUCUGCUACUUCUACCCUUUCUUUGAUGGGGUUCAGUAUGGUAAAUAUGUCAUCAAUCAGUUCUAUCCUGUUCAAGCCAUUGUUCAACCCUUGUUCCCUGCUAUUAGGGUUUUCAAAAGCUUCCCCUUUAAUGGGUUCCUUGUAUUUUUGACACUUUACUUUGUUGUUGUGAGGAACCAAAAUUUCAGUAGGUAUGUGAGGUUCAACACAAUGCAAGCCAUUGUUCUUGAUGUGCUCUUGAUUUUCCCUGAUCUUUUGGAGAGGACUUUCAAUCCAAGGAGUGGUUUUGGUUUGGAUUUGAUGAUGAGCUUGGAUAGUACUGUCUUCUUGUUCCUCUUGGUGUCUUUGAUCUAUGGCUCUUCUUCCUGCUUGUUGGGUCAAAUUCCAAGAUUGCCCAUUGUUGCUGAUGCUGCUGAUAGGCAAGUUCUAUGACUCAUCAUAUUCCUACCUUUGAUUCAUUUUUUUUACUUGUAUAGCAAACCUUAUUGAUUCAAGCUUUCAACUUCAGCUAAUUAGGAAGUGAUUAAGCUAUGCUAGAAUGUUAUGCAAAACAUGUUUAAUUGGAUUUGUUGUAUUCUUGUAAAAUUGGAAAUUUCUUAGCAUGGAUUUUGUUCUUGGUGUAUUUGGAACAUGUUGGAUCAAA